CUGGAACAAGGGGAAGAGCCGUGGGUCCCAGAUCUCCAAGUCUCUGAGAAAGAAGUGCUCCCGAGAGCUGCAUACACAGGGGAUGGGAUGGUGAGUGAUAACGAGGAGGAGAAAGCCCAGCAGGAAGAUGCUGAGCAAGUAGAAGCAUAUAGGACAUUAUCAGGAAGAUCCAAAGGGAAUGUUUCUGGGAUUUGUGCAUGCCCAGAAAAAGCAAAAGCCUGUGAGACUGAGCAGAGGCCAGAGAAAGACUUCAGUAGCUUCUCAGACCUUAUUUCAAGUGAGAGAAUCAACUCGGAAGACACAAGUUACACAUGCCAUGAGUGCGGGAAAUGCUUCAAUUGGUGUUCACACCUUAUCACACAUUGGAGAAUCCACACAAGGAAGAAGCCCUACACAUGCUCUGAGUGUGGGAAAAGCUUCAAUCGGCGCUCAACCCUUAUCACACAUCAGAGAAUCCACACUGGAGAGAGGCCCUACACAUGCUCUGAGUGCGGGAAAGGCUUUAGUGAGUACUCAAAGCUGAUCACACAUCAGAGAAUCCACACAGGAGAGAUGCCCUACACAUGCUCUGAGUGCGGGAAAGGCUUCAAUCAGCGCUCACACCUUAUCACACAUCAGAGAAUCCACACAGGGGAGACGCCCUACACAUGCUCUGAAUGUGGGAAAAGCUUCUAUCGGAGCUAA